AUGACAACCACAGCGGCCGCACCCGCGCCGGCGACAGGGGUCUCUAGCCGCCGGCCCUGCAACCGGUGCAGGGAGCGCGAGGCCACCACGGACCUGCGAGGCGCCGAGCAAGUGUGCGACCCCUGCUUCGCGUACUACGUCUCGAGCAAAGCCGUCAAGCGGCUCGAGGCGCUGCAGCGCGAGACCGCCGGCGGCGGCAGCAGCAGCAGCAAGCCCGGCCGGCGGCCGCGGCGCUACCUGGUCGGGCUGUCGCGCGGCGCGUCGUCGGCGGCGCUGCUGCACGUGCUGACGGAGAACGCGCGGGCGCAGCGGGCCCGCGGCGGCCGCGCCACGGCCCGGCACGAGUUCGUCGCCGUGCACGUGGUCGACGAUACGCUGUCGCCGUCGGGGGCGGCGGAUCACGCCAGCGGCAGCGGCGACGACGGCGACGACACCCCGCUCGCCGCCUACCGCGCGCGGUUCCCCGACGUCGAGUUCGUCUGCGUGCCGCUGAGCUCGGCGCUCGACCUGCCCGCCUCCGUCGUCGACUGGGCGGCGCUGCCCUCCUCCGCCUCCGCCUCGUCGUCGCCGCCGCCGCCGCCCCGGCAACCGCCCGCGCACCGCCUGUGCGCCGUCCUCUCCCGCCUCCCCUCGCCGACCUCGCGCGCCGACCUCCGCCGCCUCCUGACGCGGCAUCUUCUCGUCGGGGCCGCCGCGGCCCGGCGCUGCGACGCCCUGCUGCUGGGCCACAACGCGACGUCGCUGGCGGCGCUCGCGCUCGCCGAGACCGCCAAGGGCCGCGGCCUCGGGCUGCCGGCGCUCGUCAACGACGGCGUCGUCCGCGCCACCCCGACGCCCGCCCCGUCUGACAGCAGUUGGGGUGGCGACAAUGAUGGUGGCGGCGGCGGCGACGACGCGGCACCGCUCCCCACCUCGCUCCCCGUGUACAGCCCGCUGCGGGAGCUCUUCCGCAAGGAGCUCCUGACGUACCUCUCGCAGGCGGCGCCGCCGCUGACGGACCUGGUCUGGGCGGCCGAGGCCGAGGCCGAGACCGGCGCGGUGGUGUCGCACCGCGACCUGAGCAUCGACGACGUGCUGUCGCGCUACUUCGCCGAGGUCGAGGCGAGCUACCCUUCCGUCGUCGCCAACGUGGUGCGCACGGCGGGCAAGCUGCUGCCGCGCCCCGACCACGACCACGGCUGCGCCGACGGCGGGCCGGUGAACGGGAACGGUGGGAGCGCCAACGGACGCACCCGCGACCGCGACCCCGCGUGCGCCGUCUGCGGCGCCGCCCUCGACGCGCUGGGCGACGAGCGGUGGUGGGGCGAGAUUGGCCGGGGGAAGGAGAGGGGGGAGGGCGGAGGGGGGAGCCAGGAGCAGCAGGAGGAGGAGGAGGAGGAGGAGGAGGAGGAGGAGGGGGAGAAGUCGAGGACCGCACGCCCGAGGCCCAAGCCGAAGCUGUGCUACGGCUGCGAGAGGUCGGUCGGCGGGUAGCGUGGCGCGGCGCGAUAGUAGUAGUAGUAGUAACGGGAAUAGUAAUAAUAAUAAAUGUAGGUACCUAUUACCGAGAGAGGGAGAGGAAGAAAAAGCCAGAUACCAUUUGCUCCGGACGCGCCCAGCUUCGUCGCUCCUGGCAUCCCCGCCCCUUUCUAUCACCCUUCAACACCCCGACGCUAAUCUAUUCCGACCCGUGCCUCCCCUCGGGCU